AUGGACCGUGGGCUGCUGGGUCUUCCCGCAGGACAAAACGCGGCCCUUCCAGUUCCAGCUCAGCCACCAACCCCAGACUUCCUUCGACAAGCACCUGAUAGUAGAUUGGAUCCAAACGACUUAUAUGGCGAUGAUGAUCUUGUUCUUCCUGAUCUCGAUCAGCAGCCAGGGUUCGAUGAACCGCAGCAUGAAGUAGAAAACUCAUAUGCAGCUGUUGAUGCCAUGAUUGCCUCGGGGGCAUUCGGAUAUCAACAAGACGGUGAUGAUCAGCAGGCUCAGCAGGCUCGACCCCCAGCACAAUCGAGCCUGGGCGUUGAUAUCAGCAUGAUGAACCAAGACGAUUUAAGAAUGAUGUUCGGCCUUGAUGAGGAUCAACCUCGUGGCCGCUUCAUUGAGAAACGCAAUUACACUGGGACAUCCAAAGCUGACAGACGGAAGCCUUUCGCAAACCGAGUACCCGGGGACGCAGGCAUGAAGGAGGAGAGCUUCAACCCAUUUCUGGGCUUCGUUUUGGAUGCGAAUCAGAAGCCGCGCCUCAAGGCAAAGGAGAAAAGCUCAAGAUGGAAAGUCUUUAACCCUCUCGAGGGCCUUGAUAUGGAAAAGUGGCACAGGUCAAGCAACCAUCCCGAUAGCGCAUCGUCUGAGCCACGCCUCUUUUCUGUUGUCAACGGUCAGUGGAUGCAGCCUGCGCCACAGGCCAAUGUCUUGGACGAUGUCCCUUACCAGCAAAGAGGCGGGAGAUCACAACAAUGUUGUGCCGAGCCAGGAAAUGGUGGAAUCGGUCGCUGUGGCUCUCAGAAUGGCAGUGGCCAAGAUCAAGCCGUUUGCCAAAGUCUUGCGCACCGCAGCACCCUGCCGGGCUACUUCCCAGUUUGCGAUGAUUGUAUCCAGGGUAACCUCAAAGACAUGUUCCGUCAUGACCACAACCCCAUCACCGAGGACGAACUUCUCAGCAUGCGUGCUUACUUAUGCAACGACUGUGCUGGUCAUAUGAGUAGCAGUGUCCAGAACGCAGCCGAGUACAGAGCCAUUGGCGCCCGCCGAAUUUAUAGUGCAGUGGCUGACACGAAACAUUCUCAAAGUACUUGCACGCCCAACAAUGACCCAUCGCAAGCUGUGGAAUUUCGCAACACAGAGGCAUUGACGGGUUGUUCAUGCGCAAACAGGUUGUUUGGAACAUCUCUCUGCAGAUUCCAUAGAUUGCGCUAUGCUGAAGAGGCACUCAAGUUCUCGGCCUUGAUGAAGGAAUGGCGACUUUCGUCUUUCAAGAAGGCAGUAUGCCCUGGCUGUCUCGCCCGGAAGCCUCUCGAUAAAGUCAAUCUAUCGGCAGAUUCCGGCGGUUUUCUGGACGGUGCAUCCACAGCUUGGGCAUGUGUGAAUUGCAACGACUGGGUAGCAAACGAGAAGAACGACAAGACCAACGAGCCAAGCCUCAUCGACAAGAAAUUAUGGAAUUCAAACAUUGGGCAUGAGCUUAUUGGUCCACGUCGAGGAGCAGCGCAUGGCAGGAGUCAUGAGAUAGAAGAUGUCGAAAUGAGUGGGACGUAA